GGGGUUGAUUUUACAAGCAGUGCACUGCAUUUUAUUUUUCCAUUCCCAAACCGGAAAUGUUAUUAGUUGAGCCAACUUUACACAGCCUGAACUUCGAACGAAGUAUUUGGAGACGACACAAGAAACAAAGUAGCGGUUCGACUCGCGCUUACAUUAAAUUCGAGACAGUGGGUGUACAUUUGAUUAAUGUCAUUUAUUUUAAUUUUCUUAUUACUAACACGAGGCCAACUCUUGUCCUUUUUUACUUAUUUAUUUAUUUAAUUUGACCUGGAUUUGUUUCGUUUCUUAGUUUGUCAGCUAACACCCAAUCCAGGGAGAUGAUUUGCUCGGGUCUAAUCCCGAGUGUGUGUAUGUGUGUGUGCUAAUCCUUUCACACUUAGUGCUGCACAACAGUUGGAGGAAGUCCAGCAGGAGGAGUGUCUAUAAUCUUAUCGGCCGUGAAGUUAAAUAUAUUGAGGUUCCGGGUAAAUGAGUAACAACACGGAGGCUACUCUCUCAAUCAGCUGGGACUCUGAAGAUUCAAAAAAGAAAAAAAAAAACCAAAAAAAAAACAUUGAACUUUCCGAGGAAGUAUGCGGGGCAAACUCAAACGGAAACACGAAGUUUGAAAGAAACCUCUAGUUUUUCAGAGUAACUCCUCCAGAGACCCACCGGUUUGAAGGGGGCAUGAAACCCCGACCGAACAUUACUCCUCGCAAAGAAGCGACACGAUGGCAUCAUGCGGAAGAAAGAGUCGAACCAAGUCAGUUCUUUGCCUCUUUGGCGUCACUUUGUUGGGGUAUCUGAUAUUUUUCAAACACCCAUCCGGGAAGGUCGGUGCUGCAAACCGACGUGAAGUCUCCGUGGAGGGCGAGGAAGAGAAUGAACGGCUGAAGAGGCCCGUUUACGAGAAGCCCCCGCCGGAUUUUAAUGCCCUGGGUGAAAUGGGAAGAGCUGUUAAACUGAAUUUGAACAAAGAGGAGAAAAUAAAAGAGGAGGAGAGCAUCCAGAAACACCAGAUUAACACCUAUGUCAGUGACAGGAUCUCACUGCACCGCAAUCUGUCAGAGAGAUGGAAUCCGCUUUGCAAAGAGCUCAAGUACCACUACAAGACUCUGCCUACGACCUCUGUGGUGAUUGCUUUCUACAAUGAGGCCUGGUCUACCCUGCUGAGGACGGUCCACAGCGUGCUGGAGACUUCUCCCGACAUCCUCCUCAGAGAGGUGGUGCUGGUGGAUGACUACAGUGACAGAGAUCACCUGAAGGAGCCACUGGAGAGGUACCUCUCCGGGUUGAGGAAGGUGCGUUUGAUCCGGGCCACAAAGAGGGAGGGCCUGGUCCGGGCCCGGCUGCUAGGGGCAUCCAUCGCCACGGGCGACGUGCUGACUUUUCUGGAUUGCCACUGCGAGUGCCACGAGGGCUGGCUCGAGCCGCUGCUCAAGAGGAUCAAAGAGGAGCCCAAAGCCGUGGUGUGCCCCGUCAUUGAUGUGAUAGACUGGAACACCUUCCAGUAUCUAGGCAACCCCGGCGAACCUCAGAUUGGUGGGUUUGACUGGCGGCUGGUCUUUACCUGGCACCCGGUCCCACAGUACGAACAGAAACGCCGUCACUCGCCCACUGACGUCAUCAGAUCUCCUACUAUGGCAGGCGGUCUGUUUUCUGUGAGCAAAAGCUACUUUCAUUACCUGGGGACAUAUGACACAGGAAUGGAGGUUUGGGGAGGAGAAAACCUGGAGUUUUCUUUCAGAAUUUGGCAGUGCGGGGGCAGCCUGGAGAUCCACCCAUGCUCCCACGUGGGUCACGUGUUCCCCAAAAAGGCCCCUUACUCACGGAGCAAAGCGUUGGCAAACAGUGUGAGGGCAGCAGAGGUGUGGAUGGAUGAGUACAAGGAGCUCUUUUACCAUCGCAACCCCCAUGCUCGACGGGAGGCCUUUGGAGACGUGACGGAGAGGAUGAAACUGAGAGAGAGGCUGGGGUGUAAAAACUUUAAGUGGUAUUUGGAUAACGUCUACCCCGACAUUUUUGUCCCACACGAUCGACCGGGCAUGUUUGGAAUGCUGAAGAGUCGGGGAAAGACCAACUACUGCUUUGACUAUAAUCCUGGGGAGGACCAGGUGCUGGAAGGUCAUAGGGUCAUCCUCUAUCCAUGUCACGGCAUGGGUCAGAACCAGUUUUUUGAAUAUUCGGUCGACGGGGAAAUAUGCUAUAACACCAGAGAUCCUGCUGGAUGUGUUGUUCCUGACAGCAUCAACACUUACCUGACUGUCGUACAGUGUGUGAAACGAGGACAAGCUAUUCCCAUGGACCACAAAUUUAUCUUUCGAAAGGAUGGGAGUCUGUUCCAUGUCCAGACCCAGAAGUGUAUUGAAGCAGUGGACCAGACAGACGACGGGACACCAGCCCCGGCUCUGAAGCCCUGCUCUGACAUCCUUCGCCAAAAGUGGUUUUUUGAGGAGAAGCUGUAGACACUUAGCAUAUGUGGAGCAUCUCACCAGCUGAGGAUUCCUCUCUGAUCCCCCUUCCCAAUCAAACAUCCUCAUUUUCCAUGCAAUUGCAGGAAAGUUCAUAUUUUCUGAAGCGUCUUGUGGACAAAACAAGACAAUAGGAAUUCUGGCUAUUCUUCAAAGUGGGCCAGACUCGGUUCAAGACUUAGUGAUGAUCUAAAUUACAUACGGUGGCAUUCUGUCGGAGAGACUGUUUUAGCUCCCUUUGCUUUUUGCAAACAGACAUAAGGACACAGAAACUUGUGCAUCGAUCCGACGGAAAUCACGCGUUUGUGAAUCUGCCAAAAGAGCUUCUCGUGUGGCUGCUGGCUGAUGUUUUUUUUUUUUUUUUCCAAGCACAUCAUCAGGGCUUCUUUCUUGAUAUUUGGAUUUUCUCCUGUAGAGGGGGCUAACACUCCUCUCUGCGUUUGAUCCUUUCUGUCGGCGAGUCCUCGCUUCAUCAUGUGCCAGCGAGGACAAAUGAUGGGGGGGUUUUAAUCGGAACCUUUUGAAAAGGUUGACUGCUCGAUGCUUCAUUAUAGCAGCAACUUGAAAGCAAAGUCAUAGAUCGCCGGUGUUAUGCGGGUGCCUGACCAUAACGCUGAAAACACGGGAAACCGCACUGUUACUCUGCUUCGAUUUCACAUUUCAUGUGAAGUGAAAAUGUCAUGGGUCAUUUUUGAACAGUCCCACUCAAAAGUUUUCAUGCACUCAUCAUUCACAUUGAAUGCCAUUUAUCCUUUUAUUUAAACCGUUGUUUUACCAGGGUCGACUGUAAACAUGACCCUCAACUUCACCAGUUUGAAAACACAAGAGUCAGACUUUGAAUUUAUUUUGGAUUUUUGCUAUUCCCAAUCGAAAACACAAGCUCAAAUUUACACAUUCUCCUCAAUUAACAUUUUGAGUAAAUGUCCCUUAGCAGGUUGCACACAAACAUUGUAAGUCUUUGUUGCCCCUGAUGAGCUUCUGGCACAACUCGGGUAUUGGACCACUUCCUCUUUCAUUAAAAAUGAUGGAGCUCAUUUAAGUUGCUCGGUUUCCUGGCUUGAACUCGGCUUUUAAUCAUAGCUUAUACAUUUUCACAACGGUUGAGUUUGAGGCCAUAGAAGAAGCUCAACAGUCACAUGUUUCAUCCCCUCUCAAACCAGUUUCGAUGUGUGUUAGGGAUCUUUUCCUGUUGGAAUCACUAGUAGUGAAAUGUGUUGUGGUACCUGGAGCCAAAGAAAGAAAGAGAAAAAACAGCAAAGGAAAGCAGGAGUUCACACAGAACAGCACUUGGUGCCGCCGCCGCCAUUUUUGCCAGUAAUUUCAGUGUAUUUAGGCCUUUUUGGCCAAAAAGCUUAACAUUUGUCUCGUUUGAACAUGGAGCGUUCCUCCAGAGAGCCUUUACUUUGUCCAUUUAGACUGCUGUGAAUUUCCAUUUAGCCAGAAGGUGUUAAUUUUACCAUCUUCCAAGUUAUGACUGGCUGGAGUCUUGGAGAUUCCUGGGUUAAUCCAGAACAAUCCCAACAACCUGCCUUGAAUUCAAUCUUGCAAAAACAAAACAAAAGAACUAUGACUUAAAACCAGCUACGUGCAACAAAGCCAACCAAUUUAAAUACAUUCCACCAAGAAAUAUUAAUUUACAGAUGUCAACAAGAACAUUUGUCUAGAUAUUUGUGGGUUGGAAUAUAUUUAAACCUGCACACUAUAGGUCAAAAACUUUGGGAGCAAGAUGCAAUUCCCACAAAAAUCACCAGUAUACAUUCCAUGACUCUUAUGUAAAGAAUGGCACAUUUAACAGGUUUAUGAAUGCUUUAUUUGGACUUUUCUUUCUUCUAUGCAACUUCUUCUGACUUUAAUUGCAGUACUUCAGCAUCUGCCACUUUUGCACUGAAGCUGUGCACAUCUUGUCAACCCUAAACCCAAAACUCUAAGCAAAGUCUGAUCUUAUGCUAAAUAAAUGCCAAAAUCCGUAGAACUCCUACUGGUUUCCGAGAAAAGCAUAUCAAACAAUAAACUUAAAGUUGCUGCCAACCUUGAUUUGCAAAAAAAAAAAAAAAAAAAUCCACAAUGAAAUUCUAACUUAUUUGACUAGUUCUUGUUUUUAUAAGGUCAAUUUUGAAUCGCAUAACCGUCACAGCCUGAUGGGGAAACAUUUUUAAGCUGGAUCAAAUUAAUUCCAUGACUGCGUGUGAACUUCUGAGUGAGACUGCAAUUUCCCGUUUAAUGGCUGAAAUAACGCAUGCAGCUGUCUAGGCAGUUUUGUGUUCAUAAAGAGUUUCCUUAAAGCUUCUCGUCAGAUUUUGCCGUAACAAGAGUCAAGUCGUCUGGUGUCGGUUGCAGACCAACGUCGUUCUGCACUAAAAUCAGAGCAGUAGUGUUCGAACUCGCUCACCCAUGUGCCUUUUUAUAAAUAAAAUAAAAGUUUAUGCUACAUAAUUUAAUAUCAGUGGAGGAAAAAAUGCCUUAGAGUGAGAUAAAUCAGUGUUGCUAAGAUCGCAAGAAAAGAAAUUGGCUGCACGCCAAACGUUUGCACAGGCGUGGGGUUCUUCCAUUGCUAGCACAUGUUUUUUUUUUGUUUUUUUUACUCUGGCGGGUCAUACUGAUGUGAAUACUGACGCCACUUCAGCGUUCAUCCAUCAGAAUAGACUUCCUUACUUGUGUGGGUCUCCCUCAGGCCAUGCGGAGGGAAACGGCAGAGGAGUAGACAGUUGUUGGUGUCUCCAGAGUGCCGCCAUGCCAGAUGGCUUCCUGAUUGAUUUUCUGGGCUGCUUCCAAUUCUUUAUCACAUUUCCCCCCCCCCUCCUCUGUAUGUGACAGGACUUUGUAUUUUUGCACCUGUACAUACACAUUUUUGAGGGGGGUAGGGGGGGGGGAGAAAACGAAAUCAGGAGUACAUUUUUGAUAAUAGAGCUGAGUGAAUGAAGCAAUCUGUGACCUCUUCCAUACCAUUAACCUUCACAGGCUCUUUCACCGUCGGCCUCAAAUGACUGCUGUUAGAAACUAAUGGCAAGAGACCAUCAAGCUGGAAAAAGAUUUUCGAUAUCGAUUCAAGAGUCUUUGCUUACAAGAGUCUAAAUGGAAGCGUUUUCGAAACACUAACGCCGGGGAACUGAGCCGGACUAGAAGCUCGGUUCGUUUAUCGCGAAAAUGAAAUUAACAAAAGCGAAGAAGCACGUGCUGCUGUUACAGGAAGUUGACGACGUCCGCAAGGUGCGGCCAAACGUUGCGCGAGCCCAAAGACGCAGCGUCGGAUAUUCGCUGCCAUGCACUUACACUUAAGAGUUUUUAUUGCACUGUGCAGAGCAUUGGAAGAAUGAGCUGAGACAUGGCUGUGGUGGGCUGGAGGGAAGCACAAAAUAAGCACACAAGCUUAUUGAAAUAUGGAUGUAAUUACUGGGCUUCAGUUCCCUGUAGUCCCUAAGAAGGCUUUUUGUUAGGAUUAUAAGCAGUACACUGCUAAGUGCUAAGUGAAGUGGACCAAAUGACCGGUGGGGACGGUGUCAUUCAUAGUAGGAAGCAAGAAACAUUUUUUAUUUUUUUGUCACAAUUGUAUGAUGUGUGAUAGUAAAACAUCCAAUGUGAGGUGGUCAAGUUUAGGCAUGAUGUCCGGUUAGCCUAUUCUAUUGCUGUGGUUCAUCAAUGGACAUUUUUAUUGACCUUUUUUAUUUAUUUUUUUUAAAUAAGACACACGACAAGUAAGUAAGCAGUCUUUGGUAUUUCCUGAUAUUCUCUUGGCUUUCUGAGUAAUAGAGCUGAUUUACCAGAAAAUACUCAAACUGCUCCCUUAAUUGAUUUAUCACAUAGAGUGGGGUGGGGGGAGUUAUUUAUUGUACCCGUGUUGCCAUCUGUUUUCAAACCAUUCGAGUGUUAUCUUGGAUGCUGAUUUGAUGUGCUGCAGGUUUCAGCUGCACCGUUUCACCAUUUCAAGAUUAUACGUCUGUGAUGUUGUCGUAUUUCUUUUACAUGGCAGCCAAACCUGUGUCGUCAAUGUAUUCCAGGACUUGUCGGAACGAUGUUAUGAUGUUGACGUAUUAGACCGUGCGCUGUUUCACAAUAAUGCUGAGGUUCCUAUUUGUAAUGAAAAUAACUUGCAGCGGGAGAUUUUUUUUUUUUUUAUGCUAUUGCUGGCAACCAUGAAGGUGUAACAUUCCUCAAAAAUAAAUGUUAUUACAGUAACAUAAACUCACACUGAUGACCUUCAAUUUGAGUACAUGUUGUGGGCGAGAAAAAACUACAUAUUUUUUUUAAGCAAACAAAUGCUACAAAUAUUAAUAGCAUCAUAUAUAUGUAAAUUGAACAGAAGAUUUUAUUAUUUUUUUAUUAUCUUAGCAUCAAGCCAUUAUUUCUGGUUCCCUGGAACUUAAAAAUGACACAAAGGAGAGUCCAUCAAAAUAACAAAGACAAGAGUACGUGCUAUAAGUAUGUUUCGGGUGUGCAUUAGGGUCAUUUGCUGUCUCCGUUUGCUUUAGCGAGAGACAAUUUAAAACAGUUUUCUAUAUUCUACUCAUAGAUAACUUUCGGGUAAUGUUAUAUGACUACACCAAUUGUAAGACUAGGACAUUUAAAGGUAUUUCAGUUCAAUCAGGAAGUCUUAAUGUAAUGUUAAUAAGAUUGUUAUAAGACUCAACUGGCAAAACGGAAAACGAAUAAGAACAGGACGUGUUUCGAAAUUUUGUGAGGUUUGUGCAUUUCUUAAAUGGCUAGGUCAUGAAACAGAGUAAUAAACUGAAAUGCACCUUUUAUUUAUGGGUAGGAAUCGAUAACGUGACAGCGAGUUGAGAAUAUGCUACUGCUACAAGAAAUUAAUUUUAGAGCUCUACAUAAAACGUAGAUUUUUUUUCUAUACAUACUUCCUGUUGAAAGCAUGUGUCGACAUUUGAAACACAGGAUGCCAAUUUCUGUGUUUGUCAGUAUUGUCAAUUAAACAGUGACUCAUCUGCAUCCACAGUGAUUUAAAAAGACUCAUUUCACCCACAUUAAACUGCCGGAGAUGCGAAUCAAGAUGCUCAGGGGAUAAUGAGGGAAGGGGAGCUAAGUUUUUUCAACCAUAUCUGAUUGGAUUGGUCACCAGCUGCUGAAUGAGAUGGUGAAACGUUGUGCCAGAGCCAAGCUUCUCUCGGUUUCCUGUGAAGCUGACAGUCGAGGCCUGCAAUCAGUCUCAGUUACUCGCUGGAGAUUUUCGGCUGUUUAUUUUGUCUGGGCUUUGUUUAUUGCGCGACAUGUUUCUUCAGCAUUUUGUGUAAGAUGUAAAACACAUAUAUUCUGUUUUUGGUUACUUGACUAGGCUGCAUCUUUCGCUUGAAGAAAUAGCAGCGAGGAACAUUUGUGCCCCACCGAAAGCGCCGCAUGCAUCAAGCCAGCUUCUUUCUCGCACAGGAUGACAUGUUUUGAUGCAAAACAAGCCAAAAAAAAAAAAAAAUCUCCACAUUACACGGCACCGCACGGCUGCUUGCUCAGAAGAAACUGCGGAGGUCUACGAUGCCACUCUCCCUUUUUUUGCACACUCUCCUCUUCAUCUUUCAUACACAGGUUUGCAAAAUAUUCAGCAAAAAAAAAAAAAAAAAAAGUGGGGUUGAGAAAUCCUGCAAAUGCAUUCACAGAAACCCUGCAUUUUGUCGCAGUCUACUCGCAGAUUGUAGGCGUAGUUUUUGAUCCAGUGAAUAGAUGCUGCACUACAGCCUCUCUCUCUCUCUCUCACUCUCACACACCCCAUAUGUGUCUUUAAUGGUAAUGCAAAACAAGGCUCCCCGCGGAGAGAGUCAUUGGAGAUGCUUAGGCUUCAGUUGUCAGGGAGCUGGAGAACCAUAGGAGGAACUGAACACGCACACACACACACACACACACACACACACACACACCAACUGGAAGUCAUUUCCACACUGUUGUCGGUUUGGUUUAUGUAAUCCACCAAUACCCAGAACAGCUCAGGAGCUGUAGCUGUUGGCGGCAUACUCUAGAUGACACACUUUCACUUUCAGGAGGGUCUAAAGAUGGAGCACAGAACAUGUGAGGCCUAGAUACAGAGAUACAAUUACAUUUCUUAUGCACCGUGUCUGAUUGACGCCUGAUUAGCGUGGAUCGUUCGGCGAAUUGAGCCUUCCAUCAGUCAUCAAAUCAGCAACAAUUAACUGUUCUUGAGCAGUUACGUCGGAACAAUACCGCUGCUGUCUUUGCCGGAUGACAUGUUCUUCCAUUUGGCGGAUUUAAAUAGAACUUAGUUUUUUUAUUAUUAUUUUCAGUGAACAAGAUGGAGCUUAAAAAAAAUCUGCUCCAGCACUGCAGGGAAACACAAUUGUGGGGGGGGGGGAACAUGCCACAUAUGAUGAAUAUUACCGUGUACUUAUUAAAAAGUCAAGCUAGGAACAGCAAAAAACAUCACUUUGUUCUAACUGAACCACAAAUGGCAGCUUAUUUAUUUAUUUUUACUAGACUUUAAGAAGUAGUUCCUGAAGUGUAAGUGGAUUCAAAAUUGUGCAAAGUUUGAGGCAGAUUUACAAAUACAAAUAUGAAAAAUACGCUGUGCAUUUGUAUUCAAACUGUUUACCCUGAUGUAAAUAUAAUCUAUAAAUCGAUCACUUACUAGAUUUCUGUGUAAUUUUGUGUAAAUUCAUCUCCGU